UUUGAAGGAGCCGGUGGCGUUGUCCUGUGCAAAGGUAUUGUUGUUGUUCAGGGCUUAUCCAUAGCCUGCUCCGUCUUAACUCUCAUCGCUAUAGCCGUUAAUCGCUUCUUUGCAGUGUUUUACCCACUUAAAAUGGGCUCUACCAAGUCACUGUCGAUCUUUACCAUUACUUUCAUUUGGCUAGUCUCCUUCGCCACCUCUUCGCCAAUGCUGUACGCCAUGAAAGUCAUCCAAAGAGAAGACGGCAAUCUGCACUGCAUCGAACAGUGGUCUCCAGCGUUUGAAGGUGAGUCACCUCACAAAAACUACACCCUAUUUCUAAUCACGCUGCUGUACGCUUUGCCUCUGGCUGCAAUCAGUGUAUUAUAUACGGCUAUUGUACGGAAAGUAUGGAAAAGGCAGGUUCCGGGGAACUUGACCGCUCCAAACCAACUGGUCGAGCUUGCAACCAAAAAGCGCGUUCUCAGAAUGCUAAUUACCGUUGUGAUCGUCUUUGGGCUUUGCUGGCUGCCAUACUACACGUACUUGUCCAUGAAUUUCAUUGUCGAUAGUUGCCCGCCUGCAAACGUGAUGUUCAUUGGUCUGUUUCUUGGUCAUGCCAAUUCCGCUAUCAAUCCAUGUAUUUAUGCAAUAUUCAACAAAGAAUGCCGCAGCAGCCUUAGAAGUUUCAAUCGUGCAUGCCUGCCUAUGUUGCCUAGGAGUCGCGUGCCAAGGACGUCCAAUCAGAACACGAUGAAACUGACUGAGUUUGGCACCGAGGGUACAACUCGAGAACAAGGAAAAAGAUCCUCUCCUCUCUAAAAGAUGAAAGGGGUAACUAGACCACAGUUAGGGACGUUUGUAAAAGUUACUUAACUGGUAUACGUUUGACAUGUGGCUGAUAAACCUAAAGGUGCUAUGGGUGUCAGACAAUGUUUAAGCAGGGUUUCGGCUCUCGAUCACCUGCGUUACCUGAAACAUCUUUUCCACGAGGAAAAGAGGAAAAUUUCUGGAGCUUAUGGCAACUUGAGUGAGUAUUUUGUCAUCAUUUUGUCAUCAUUUGUUAAUAGAUGGAAUUAUUUGAAUGACAACAUUGGCCAAGAGUUACCGAAAAUUAAAUAUGCAUCUAUGUGGAGUGGACAUAUAAUUGCACGGAAAACUAAUAAGGGCUUCAUCAAAUGACGUCUUGGUUUUCUAGUACAUAAACACAUCUAGGUACGCUAGGGAAACGAAACAUUGACAGAAGCCAUCAGUAUAAGUUUGGUUAGCUGUUCAGAUGUUUAACAAAUUGGUAACUUUUUCAAAACAGAAAACUUAAUUGAAUAAAAGCUGCGACUGUAAGUAUACGAAUAUUUUUUUGUUUGCUUUGAUGGGCGUCAAGGCUUUUGAUAUCUACAACGCGCGGUGGAAAUCGUUGCAUCAAGUACCCCCAAAAAGCGAGAUAAGAGUGGCAAAUUUAAUUUAUUUUUCCUGCGAUAAUAACCUUGGCCAGGUCCUAUGUCGUCUUCCUUUCACACGCUAAGAUUUCCAAGGGAGAUAAACAAAACUGUGAUAGUGAUGUAAGCCAAAACCCAACUGACCGAUUAACAAUGAGGAAAAAUUAAACGGCUCACGAACAAAGAACUUUAAAAAAGUUUUCAGUUUUUCCAAAUGCCCGAUACAUGACUUAACACUGAUGGUGUUUUUCAGUUUAAUGUGUGCUAUUUCUCUAAACAUAAAGCUUACAUCAUUAAAAUAUUUUAACUUAUAACAAGUUUGGUUUGGAAAGAUUGGUAGCAGGAAUAAGUGGUUUUAGCUUCAUAUUCUACCAGUGGUUUUCAUUUCAGUUAUAAUAUAUUACUGGUGUUAGGCAUUUUAGUCUCCACUGCUAAUUGUUGUAUUUUCGGGUUACAAUAUAUAUAUAUAGUAAAACCCACGUGAAAGAACCUACUUUUUUAAAGUCUGGCAAAAUAGGUUCUUGUAUUCUGGGGUAGUUAUUGCCAUUUUAGGCUAAGUAGGUUCUUAAUUAGGCUCUUCAUUUCGAUGAAGGAGUUAUGGUUGAUGAUUACCACAAAAAUAAAUAAACCUGGGUUUGGUCCUUGAAUAUACAAUAUUUAUUCACAACUGUAUCGUGUAAUUUCUUCUAAAAUAAAUUUGCGAUGUCAAUGUCUCACUUCUUGGUUAAAGGGUUUACCAUAAUUUAACUGUAAUUAACAUAUAAGAACCUUCUUUUUCUUGCUUAGCUAGACAUGUUCUAAUACUUUUGAGUAUUGUAAUGCGGCAAAUUUUUGUCAGCAGGUUCUUAAACCACUGGGUUCUAACCUGCGGGUUUUUUACUAUAGCUAAAUGGUCAAAUCAAAUGAAAUUGUCAUUUUUUUUCUAGUGUAAAUAUAUAUUUUUUGUUUUCAUACAUUCCCAACUUAAUUGCGAAUUUAUUACUUUCGCCAUUGGUGGUUCAUAAAAUGUACAUGACAACGAAAAAGCUUGUUAUCGAUUAAAAAUCAGUAUGACUGUGAUUACAAAUGAAAUUUAUAGAAAAACAUAUCCUCUAGCUAAUAUAAUAUUUUUUGGGGGAGCAUGAAGCUCGAUCUGGUCAAAGAAGGAGCCGGCCGGGUCUAUAUAUUACGAAAGGAACUUAAUUAUAAUUGUAGGCUUCCUUUAACGAAGUUACAAGAAUGUGACUGAAUAAAAUUUAACACUAGAGUUAUAAAACAAUAAAUAAUUGAAAUGAAAAAAAAUAACAUUAAUUGCCUGUUAAAUGUCGUUUGAUCUGAAAUGCCGGUUAGCUCAAUGGUGGAGUAUUUUGCUGGUGUAUGAAUGUGUAUCGCUUGCUGGAAAAGAAUUUACACCUUCCUCGAAAGCAGUCGUCUUGUUUCUAGUUCGACUACUGCCCUGUGCUCGGGUCGUGUGCUGACGAAAGCUGCUUUCUCAGGUUUAUAACAAAGAGUUUCUUGGGAAACCUGAUAAUUCGGCUGUAUUCACAUUUAACAUCCGUAAUUUUUUCUUUUUUUGAUUAUUGGUCUAAAAACGCGUUACCAGUCAAAACUGUCAUAGAGAUGCUAGAAGACACGCCCAAGUAAGUGAUAUUAUUUUGGGCUGGGUUGUUCAAAACCCGAUUAAA